CAGACGUGGUAUUUCUUAAACUUUAAUUUUUAAAAUAUAUAGUAUUAAAUAUCUUUGUUUUUCUUAUGAAAAAGCAAUUGUUUCCAUAGUUACGACAUUCCUUUUGUAUCAUAACAUUACAUACUGUAUACAUCAUAGUUGAAUUAUUAAAAUUUUGUAGUACAAAAACAAUUUGACUUUUGUGAGUGAAAAAAUUAUUUUAAAAAAAUGACUACUUUUAUACCAAAUGUGCACAUUAAAGAUGGAGAAUAUACAAAAACUAUUUAUUCAAUGUCUAGACCUUGUUUGUCUCUUCUUGCUCACUGUUAUUUUUAUACACAAGAUUUCAUAGCUUCUGCACAAUGUUAUGAGAAGUUAGUUCAAUUAUGUCCCAAUGAAAGUAUAUAUAAGUUAUAUCAUGCUCAAUCUUUGCACCAAGCAUGUAUGUAUCAAGAGGCUUGGACAAUAUGUUCCAACAUCAUUAAUCAAAGCAAUUUAGAAUUUAAAGUAAAAAAACUACAGGCAGCAAUAAAAUAUGGUCAAGAAGAUGUCGUUGCUGCAAAAAAUCUUGUUGACCAAUGUCCAGCAGAUGAUGUUGAUACAGAAAUUAAUUUAGGGUGUCUUCUAUACAAGGAGGAACAAUAUGAACAAGCUUUAAAAAAGUUUGCAAAUGCAUUGCAAAUUGUAGGCUUCAAACCUCAUUUAUCAUAUAAUGUAGCACUUUGUUACUUUAAAUUAAAAGAAUAUGCGGCGUCAUUAAAACAUAUUGAUGAAUCAGCAAAAGAAGCAUUAACAGAUAUGCCCCCUAGAUCUGAAGAAGAGCUUGAUGCAGUUACUUUGCAUAAUCAAGCUUUAAUAAAUAUGGAUACAAAGCCUAGUGAGGGAUUUGAAAAGCUUCAAUUUUUAUUACAACAAAAUCCAUUUCCACCUGAAACUUUUGCAAAUUUAUUACUAUUAUAUUGCAAAUAUCAAUAUUAUGAUUUAGUAGCUGAUGUUCUUGCUGAAAAUGUACACUUGACUUAUAAAUAUUUAACACCAUAUUUAUAUGAUUUUCUGGAUGCGUUAAUUACACAACAAACUUCACCAGAGGAAGCAUAUCGCAAAUUUGACGAUCUCGGUAACAAACAUAUGGAGAUUUUGCGAAAAGCAACAAAAAGAGUUCAGGAAGCACGAUUAAAUCAUGAUGAUGGUGCUGUAAAAAAAGCUGUAAAUGAUUAUGAAGAAGCUUUGGAAAGAUAUGUUCCAGUUCUAAUGGCACAAGCUAAAAUUUAUUGGGAACUUGGAAAUUAUACGCAAGUUGAGAAAAUUUUUAGAAAAAGUGUUGAAUUUUGCAAUGAACAUGAUAUAUGGAAAUUAAAUGUAGCUCACACUCUUUUCAUGCAAGAAAAUAAAUUUAAGGAAGCAACAGGAUUUUACGAGCCAAUUGUUAGAAAAAAAUAUGAUAAUAUUUUAGAUGUAAGCGCUAUAGUACUUGCUAAUUUAUGUGUAAGUUAUAUUAUGACAUCGCAAAAUGCAGAAGCUGAAGGAUUAAUGAAGAAGAUAGAAAAAGAAGAACAAGUAGUAUCACGAGAAGAUCAAGAAAAAAAAUUAUUUCAUUUAUGUAUCGUAAAUUUAGUAAUUGGAACAUUAUAUUGUUCCAAAGGAAAUUACGAAUUUGGUAUAUCCAGAGUAAUGAAAAGUUUGGAACCUUAUAAUAAAAAAUUAGGAACAGAUACUUGGUUUUAUGCGAAAAGAUGUUUUCUUUCUCUUUUAGAACAAUUGGCUAAACAAUUAGUAGUUUUAAAAGAUACUACUCUCCAGGAGUGUAUACAAUUUUUGGAACAUUGCGAAGUUUACGGAAGAGAUGUGGUAACAGUAGUAGAACAACCUUUUGAUAUACAAGAUAUGCUUUCUAUCAUUCCACAAGGCAAACAAACAGUUGUUUACGAAGCGCGAUACUUGAAAGCCUUAUUUUUAAAAUUACAGAUGUCUUAAAUGCGUAUAUAAUGCGUAUAUAUUAUAUAUUUAUAAUAUAAUAUAUAUAAUAUUUAUAAAAUUU